AUGGCGGGAACACUUAUACCCCCGUGGUAUGUCGGCUCGACACCAACAAACGAUGAACAGAACAUAGCGAGCAUGUUUUGGGGGUUCACGCUUGGAGUCGGCCUAUGGAGCGGAGUCAAGGGUUAUCGACAAAGUAGAGCCAGUUGGAACAGGACACACAGGGUCAACAUCUACAUAUGGUUGAUCUGGGCGGAAUGGAUCGCCAGUAUAGUCAUCGGCAUCAUAUCCUGGUGCUAUCUGACAUCCAUCAUUGAUCCAAGCUUUGAAUACUUCUUUUUCCUACUCGUAUUGUGGACGAUCCAGGUACAAUGUCUCAUGCAAAUCAUCGUCAACCGAAUCGCAAUUUUGAUGCCGAUACCUGCACAAGCCACACGAUUGAAGUGGGGAGUCUUUGGCAUCCUCUUGGCGGUCAACAUCAGCGUCUUCUGUAUCUGGAUUCCAGCUCGUCUUCAGAUCAACGAGACUUACAUUCACAUCAACGAGAUCUGGGACAGGAUAGAAAAGGGCAUCUUUCUUCUUGUGGAUGCUGGACUGAACCUUACCUUCAUCUAUCUGGUCAAGUCGCGGCUAAUUGCUAGCGGCUUGACUAAGUACACGGCGCUAUUCCGAUUCAACCUGGCCAUGAUUGCAGUCUCAAUGUCACUUGAUGUCAUCCUCAUUGGACUUAUGUCCCUGCCGAAUACUUUGAUCUAUGCCCAGUUCCACCCGCUAGCCUAUUUACUCAAACUACAUAUCGAAAUGGGCAUGGCAGAUCUGAUAGCAAAGGUCGUCAAGGCCUCAAACCCCAUGCGCCCACACGCCGAAACAAGGAGAGACAGCAACGAAGGAGCGCCAGAUGCGAACAAGAACUCAUUAUCGAAGUCGAGGUCCAGAAGAUUCUCGAUGCCCUACGUAGCUGGGAGGUGGAUGUUGAGCUCGGAGAAUGUACAACCCAAAAGAAACACCGUAGGGCCAGAACUCGAGCUCGGUAUGCCGGCCAACACAUUCUCAGGGAGGGCGGCAGAGCCAGAGACUACGCCGCACCCUCGUUCGCUCUCUCGUCACAUAACUGAACCGAAUGGGAUACCUGGGCUGGGUAUGACGCCACAGUCAAGGACUAGUCGCCAGGAUUCUAGUAGUACUGUGAGGGAGCAAGACCAGGAUGUUGCGUGGUAUGUUUAA